CUCCUUUCAGUGACGGCCAUCAUUUUGCCGAAGUUAUUUCACAGUCCUUGCAGCUUGCCUACUCAUUGUUCCCCUCUUUACUCCUCUGUCUCCUCUUCCAACUCUCUCCAUGGUUCCUCUACCCUUCUUCUUAUCUUUCUCCCCCACUUCCUCCUUGAAACUUUUUCUCCCAUGUUCCUUGCUCCACUCAACUCACCCCUUAUGAUACUGUGUCAACUAAGGGUCUGAUUCUGCCACCCUUACUCAGGUUGAAUUAUUCUUUACUCCGUGAAUAGUUUCCAUGGGAUUUCUCAUGGAGUAAGAUGUGACUCAACGUGAGUACAGGUGACAGUGCUAGGUCCUUAGAUGGCAGAUUGUUUGUGACAAGGACAAUGUCUUUAUGUUCUGUAGAAUGCCAAACACACUUGCAUUUUGGGCUAGAUGGUGCAGUAGAACCAUAGAGUUAAAAACGCCUCAGGAAUGGAGAUUGUAACUCUCAACAAAAUGCUAUGGUUGUUCUUUCAAAAGUUUACAACUGAACACUGACUUAAUAUGUAGAAGAAAAAUGCUUUAAAGCUUUAUUACGUAGAAGAAAAAUGCUGCUUUUAACCAUCUUAAUUUAAAUGAAACAAGCACAGAAACAGUUUCUUUACCUUGUCAAAUCUCUUUUUUAAACUUUCCUUUUAUAUUUUUAGUAGUUUAUGUUUAACACAGUACUGUACCAUAUUUGCUUUUUUAUUAUUGUUGUUAUCUGUGCUACUGUCUAAUUGUGUACGUUCAGUUCCAAAUGAAGUGUGUGGUUGACCUAUCAGUUCGUAACUCUGGUGUUUGUAAUUCUGAGGUUCUACUGUAAAUUCAUCUUCUGUCCUGUGUAAAUGGGCGUAUCUGACUGGCUAUUGAAGAGGGCAGAGUCAAGUCUUUUUCCACUCUUUAUCCUCUUGCCACCCAGGGUAUGUCUACCCUACCCGCCGGAUUGGCGGGCAGCAAUCAAUCCAGCAGGGAUCAAUUUAUCGUGUCUAGUCUAGAUGCAAUAAAUCGACCCCCGAGCGCUCUCCUGUUGACUCUUGUACCCCAGUUCGGCGAGAGGCACAGGCAGAGUCGACGGGGGAGCGCCAGCAGUCCACUCACCGCGGUGAAGACACCACAGGUACUUUUCCCAGGAGGUGGUGUUGAUCUUAAGACAUCAGAAUAUUCACGGAUUGCUAGGAUAUUUUACAACAAGGCACUAACGGCUAAUGAUAAAGGAGACUAUUUUCCUGUAUGGGGAACAUGUCUGGGAUAUGAAGAGCUGACAUACCUCACCAGUGGGGACAUUUUACUGACUUGGACUAAUACUGAGGAUUUUGCACUCCCAUUGAACUUUACUACAGCUGCAAAAGACAGCAGGAUGUUCAAGAAUUUUCCAGAUGACUUGUUGCAAAAACUUGCCACUGAGUCUUUGACAGCACACUUUCAUCACUGGAGCCUCUCCAUGCAGAAUUUCACACAGAAUGCGAAGCUACGCAAUUUCUAUAAGGUUCUGACAACUAACACCCAUGCAGAUGUGGAGUUUAUAUCAACAAUGGAAGCACAUAAAUACCCAAUUUAUGGUGUCCAGUGGCAUCCAGAGAAAAAUCCUUUUGAAUGGAAGAACUCAUCAAGCAUACCACAUUCCGCAUCAGCUAUGAAAGUUGCAUAUUACGUAGCUGACUUCCUAGUGAAUGAAGCCCGGAAGAGCCUGCACCAUUUUCCUAAUGAGGGUGAAGAGACCAAAGCAUUGAUUUACAAUUAUACCCCUGUUUUUACUGGUAUAUUUUCUCCAUUUGAGCAAGUCUAUUUUUUUGAUUGAACGUCCAUCCCAUAGUACAAGAUAGCGAUCUGUGAAUAGAGUUGUUUGUUGCAAGUUUCAUAAUUAAACCCAAGUUGUGCAUUGCAAGUGGCAGAAAGCCAAAAUGCUUAGCUUACCUUGCAGUGAUUUAUCCUAUGUUACCUCUUUAGAAUUGGCCCAUUAAUCUGACAGAUUUCCAUUCAAUUACAUUAUAAUGGGCCUGGAUCUCAUUUUAAUACCUGCUACAGAGAAAUAUAUUUUACCUCCAGAGAUGGCAACUUGAUUGCACUUAUAAAUUUGAAACAAAUCAGGUUAAUUUAAAAAAAUUGAGCAAUACUUUUGGCCAUAUACUUGAAAGAAAUGAGUUUACUUCUACAAAACGUUGUGGGCUCUGUGAUAACAGGUGGGUAGUUAAAAGAUUUGACUUAUUAUUCUGUUCUCUUGGUCAGAUUACAAUACAAUUAAAGGAUGAAAUAAUCUUUUGAUCUUGAGCUUUACAGAUGUGUGCUUAUGUAACCAAACUCUUCGCAGAGAAAAUUUUGUCUUUUAGAAACACGACAAAAUAAUAGUUAAACAUUAUUGCAAACGGACAUGAAGUAUAUGCAGUAUCAUCUGUACCUUGUAGGAUUUACAUAGUGAAGGUGCAGUAUUAUUUAGGCAUUGCACACAUCAGUUAAAGUAAGUCGGUUUGGAGCGCACAGUUAAAGCAUUGAUUCACCUCCUGCUCCCUUAUUCAAUUUCACUGAUUCCUUAAGAAUCUGUUCCAAAGCACACUGAAGUCAGUGGAAAGAUUUUGGAUAGGCCUUGAAUUAGUUUGCUUUAUGAAAAAAUAGGACUGACUAGAGUUUUUAAUGAUAAUAUAAUGUAUAAUUUGACUUUUGGUGAAAUCUGUGAAAUCCUGCCUAUUGAAAUUAAGAGGUGUUUUACCACUGACUUUAGUUGGGACAGGAUUUUCAUCCUCUUUUAAAAAACAUUUUGAUGUAAUGCCUUUCAGAAAUGUUACUAAUAGGGAUCCAGUCAGCAAAGCCUUUUACUGCUGAUACAAUGUAAUGAUUGAAAUUAUUAGGCAGCUGCAUUUACUAUGUUUUUUCCUUUUGCUUUGCCAUGCAACACAUUUUACUUGAAUUUAAGUAGCUCUUCUCAAUUACUGAAAAGUUUGUUCAGUAGUUUUCUGAUGUAUCAAAAUGGGAGGAAGAUGAGGCAAUCAGUUUCAUUUCCCUUUUCUUCCAUAGGCCCAAACCUCCCACUGAAAUCAGUGGGAAUAGCGUUUUAACCUCAGGUCUCCAGAAUUGAAAGUUAGUAACACACAGCAGUUCCAGCACCACAUCUGCAGUACAGGUGCAGAAUUUAUCAGGGCAUUCAAGAGGGUGGCAGACUCCCUACUCACUAUUCAUGACCAGAUAGGCCUACUACAGUUUAGCCCUUAACAGAAAGGACUGAAAAUGCAUUCAUUAAUGCUGUAUAAAGCAAAAAUUGUGAUCUUUAACUACUGUCAAUAAUCUAGCCCAGUGUACUCAUAAGCAUGGUGCCUUUUGGCUGUAAAAUUCAGCAUUUGUAUUUCACUAUUUCUAGCUACGAUUUACAGUUAAACUGAGCAAAGCUUAAUUAGCCUGAGACAUUUUAGAUUUCUUCUGUAAGUGCUUGACUACCCCAAUUCAGCACAAUACAAUUUUGUGUUGUAUUAUGUAUCUACUAGUAGCUGAAAGCCCAUGCUAUCACAUGGGUGUAAUUUGUAAAGACGUGUGGCUGAGAACUUAAAAAUUGGAUGGUAAUGGAGCACUAAUCCCAGUGAUGAUUCAACCUGUUGAUAUUCUAAACAAAAAGUACUUUCAGCCCUGUUUUUAGCUGUUUCCAUCACUUCACAUUGACUCAACAGACAUUCUAGGCUUCAGAGUGACAUACAGACCGAGUGACAAUCCUGGACUCUUAUAUAGAAUGCUAUGAGCCUGAGUCUCGUCUUAUCCCAGUUUUGCAUUGGUAUAGUCUUGAUUCCAAUAGAGUGACUCCUGAGUCCUGGCUUACCAGUGUGAGAAACGACAUUAGCACAACGGUUACUCCUGAUUCUUUACUUAUACCAGUCCGAGAAGACAAUCAGGCUCUGUGUGUACAUACAGGCACAGCAGCUAAACUAAUGACCAAAUCCUGCAAUUCUUAAGCAAACAUCCCCAGAAGUUUUGCCUAGUAGGGCUUUUCUGCACCUAAAACUUACGUUGACCUACUUCAUUGCUCAGGACUGUGAAAAAAUUCACGUGCCAUGGGAUCUAUUUAAGUUGACCUUACCCGCACUGUAGACUCAGCUAGGUUCAUGAAAGAAUUCUUCCCUGGACCUAGCUACCACCUCUCGAGGGGGUUGAUUUACUACAGUGACAGAAAAGCCCCUUCCAUUGCUGUAGUAAGUGUCUCGACUACAGUGGUGUAGCUGUGCCACUGUAGUGUAGACAUACCCGAAGAGUUUGCCUAUGUAAGGAAUGCAUGAUUUAGCCCUAAUAUAGUGGAGACCAAUCUGCAAGUGGAAUUUCUGUUAACUUUACUGGUUGUGACCAGGACCAAAGUGUGCAAAUGCAAAGGAUAGGGGUGUGUGUAAUAUGAGUGAGAUCACUGUAUUUAUUCAUGAGUUUGGAAGUUUAUUUCCUUGCUGUUUUGUUCUGCUUUAUAAAGCAGCACUUCAUUGAACUGAUUGUAUUAAUAAUUUCCUUUAAUACUUGAAAUAAAGUUUACACAAGCA